CCGUCGUUGACGAGUUUGAGGAGGUCUGCGAGGCUCGCCUGAAUGCCGGAAGCGACUGGCGCGCUUCGCCGGCGCCGUCGGGUCCCGCAACGCUGCCUCCUCCCAUGCGGGCCAGCCUGCGUGCAUGUCCCACUUCUACCACCUGCUGCCUGGCUUUGACCCGGACGGCGACGAGUCAGCGCCUGCCGACACCCCGCUCAACUGGCGCGCCAUGGAGGACCGCAUGGGAAUGACCCUGACCACGGGUAGCGUGACCUUGACGAAGGACGACAGUAAUCUGAUAGGCAUCAGCAUCGGGGGAGGCGCACCUCUCUGCCCAUGCUUGUACGUGGUUCAGGUGUUCGACAACACUGCUGCCGGCAAGGACGGUACGCUGCAGUCGGGCGACGAGCUGAUUGGCGUCAAUGGCACCUCGGUCAAAGGUCGCACCAAGGUCGAGGUGGCCCGCAUCAUCCAGGCGGUCAAGGGUGACGUCACGGUCAGCUACAACAAGCUGCACGCUGACCCGAAGCAGGGCAAGUCGCUCGACAUCAUCCUCAAGAAGGUGAAACACCGGCUGGUGGAGAACAUGAGUGCCUCCACGGCGGACGCGCUAGGUCUCUCGCGCGCCAUCCUCUGCAACGACUCACUGGUUAAGCGGUUGGAGGAACUAGAGCGCACUGAGAAAAUGUACCACGGAGUCGUAGAGCACUUAAAGAAAGUAUUGAGGGCCUUCUUUGAUCUUUGUCGUAUCCAUAAAGCGUUCGGCGACACGUUCUCGGUGAUUGGCGCGCGUGAGCCGCAGCCGCGCGCCAGCGAGGUGUUCACCAGCUUCGGUGACGCGCACCGCAUCAUGGAGAAGAACGGCGUCAAGCUACUGCGCACGCUGAAGCCGAUUCUGAGCGAUCUCGGCACCUACCUACACAAGGCCAUCCCGGAUACACGGCUGACCAUCCAGAAGUACCUGGACACCAAGUUUGAGUAUCUGAGCUUCUGCUUGAAAGUCAAGGAGAUGGACGACGAGGAGUACAGCUACGCCGCGCUGCAGGAGCCCAUGUACCGCGUGGAGACGGGCAACUACGAGUACCGACUAGUGUUACGCUGCCGCCAAGAUGCCAGGGCCAGGUUCGCUCGGCUCCGGUCGGAUGUGCUGGUCAAACUGGAGCUGCUGGAUCAGAAGCACGUGCAGGACAUCGUGUACCAGCUGCAGCGACUGAUCAGCGGAUUCGCCAGCUACCAUUCGGAAUGUUACGACCUGAUGAAGGAGCACCAGUACUUCCCGAUCGAGGUCGACCUGUCUCGAUCGGCCUUCCAGUACGGGACGCCCAGCACCUUCCAGCAGGACGGACUGGACGAAGAGGGCCUCGACGAGGAUGACGACCACCUGCUGGAAGUUGCAGAGGAAGUGACUGAAGCCAACAAGCCGACGCCUGUUGAACCGGAACAAGACUUGUUGGGAAGUUUUUAGACCAGGUUAGGUCGGUUUCUUGAGUGACGCCAGCUGUUGCGACAGCCGACCAAUAAACACUGCGAAUGGUGGCUGUGUGGCGCGUCUGGUCACAGGCGGAAUUUCCCACAUGCUUCUUCUUGGUGUCGUGCCCGGAACUUUCAGCGUCUUCUUUCAAGAGCAUUGAUGGAAUGUGAAACAAUCAAUGCAAGGAGACUGUUACCGUCACUCACGGGCUGGCGACAUGUGACGCAAAGUGCGUUUGGAUGUUGGGUGUCUUGCGUUUGUUUUCAUGACGUGCCGAGCCGGAGCCUACUCGGGCGCCGUCGUUUGUUUUCAUGAUGUGCCGAGCCGGAGCCUACUCGGGUGCCGUCGUUUUGGUCGACGGUGCGGAAAGCGGAAAUUUUCUUGGCUGCCUCAGAAGAAGAAGAGAACGGGUGUGGGUUGUGAGCAUGUAGCUCAUGACAAACCAUCAUAAUGACAAAUCAUGAUACGAUUAUGACAUACAGCAUGACGACAUAACGUAAGAUGUGAGCGAUGAUUUGUCUGUUGGUGCUGACAGGACCACUGCCGAUGGAAAACUAUAUAUCUGAUUAUC